AUGCUCCAUGCUCUGCAGGAACGGGGGGAGGAGGAAGAGGAGGAGGAAGAGGAGGAGGGAGCGCGCUCCCUGCGCGCUCCCGCGUGCGAGUGUAAUCAUGCCAGAGACAGCAGGUCCAUCCUCUGGAUCUCAGCUGUAAUUGGAGCGAGGAUGGCCGGGGACGCGCGCAGGAGCGCGGGGCUGAUCCCAGCCGUCCUGGUGCUGGUGCUGGUGCUGGUAUCGGACCCGGGCUGGUUCGGGUCGAGGGCUCGGGUCGGGGUCAGCGGCCAGAGCAACGAGAGGAGGGUGCUGGCUCACAUCCCGGGAGACAUCAUCAUCGGAGCGCUGUUCUCCGUGCACCACCAGCCGCCUGCGGACAAGGUGCACGAGCGUAAAUGUGGCGCUGUGCGUGAGCAGUAUGGGAUCCAGAGGGUGGAGGCCAUGAUGCACACGCUGGACCGGAUCAACGCGGAUCCCAGCAUCCUCCCCAACAUCAGCCUGGGCUGCGAGAUCAGGGACUCGUGCUGGCACUCUGCCGUGGCCCUGGAGCAGAGCAUCGAGUUCAUCCGGGACACGCUGGUGUCCGGGGACGAGGAGGAGAGCCAGGGCCGGUGCACGCUGGAGUCGGGGAGCCUGCUGGUCCAGGGGAAGAAGCCCAUCGUGGGCCUGAUCGGACCCGGGUCCAGCUCCGUGGCCAUCCAGGUGCAGAACCUGCUGCAGCUCUUCAACAUCCCCCAGAUCGCGUACUCCGCCACCAGCAUGGACCUCAGCGACAAGAGCUUGUACAAAUACUUCAUGAGGGUGGUGCCGUCAGACAUGCAGCAGGCCAAAGCCAUGGUGGACAUCAUCAAGAGGUACAACUGGACCUACGUGUCGGCGAUACACACAGAGGGUAACUAUGGCGAGAGCGGCAUGGAGGCGUUUAAAGACAUGGCAGCGCAGGAGGGGAUCUGCAUCGCCCACUCAGACAAGAUCUACAGCAACGCGGGCGAGCGCGGCUUCGACCGGCUGCUGCAGAAGCUGCGGCUGCACCUGCCCAAGGCCCGGGUGGUGGCGUGUUUCUGCGAGGGCAUGACGGUGCGGGGAAUCCUGACGGCCAUGAGACGCCAGCGGCUGGUGGGCGAGUUCCUGCUGGUCGGCAGUGACGGCUGGGCCGACCGCUACGACGUGACCGACGGCUACCAGGAGGAAGCGGCCGGCGGCAUCACCAUCAAGCUGAAGUCGGCCUACGUCACCUGGUUCGACGACUACUACCUGAACCUGAAGCCCGACGCCAACCUGAGGAACCCCUGGUUCCCCGAGUUCUGGCAGCACCGCUUCCAGUGCCGGCUGAGAGGGCACCCGCAGGAGAGCGCUAAGUACAACCGCAGCUGCAGCUGGAGGGAGUCUCUGCGCCACCAAUACGCCCAGGACACCAAAAUGGGCUUCGUCAUAAAUGCCAUUUAUUCAAUGGCUUAUGGCCUGCAUGCCAUGCAGCAGUCCCUCUGUCCAGGAUAUAAGGGUUUGUGUGAGAGCAUGCGGCCCAUCGAUGGCCGCAAGCUGCUGGAGUUCCUGAUGAAAACCAACUUCACUGGUGUUUCUGGUGAGACCAUCCUCUUUGACCAGAACGGUGACUCACCGGGCAGGUAUGAAAUCAUGAACUUCAAGCAGAUUGGCGAGGGUGAACACGCUUACAUCCACGUGGGGAGCUGGGACCAGGGCGGCCUGAAGAUGAACGAUGAGGAAAUCUGGAGCAACAACAGUGAAAUAAUCCAGUCCGUCUGCUCUGAGCCCUGCAAAAAGGCCCAGAUCAAGGUGAUCCGGAAAGGGGAGGUGAGCUGCUGCUGGACCUGCACCGCCUGCAAGGACAACGAGUUUGUGUUUGACGAGUACACCUGCCGGGCCUGCGUCCUGGGCUCCUGGCCGACCUACGACCUCACGGGCUGUGAACCCAUCCCGGUCCAGUACGUGCGCUGGGGCGACCCGGAGCCCAUCGCCGCCGUCGUCUUCGCCUGCCUCGGCCUCAUGGCCACGCUCUUCGUGACCUCCGUCUUUAUCAAAUUCUGGGACACCCCCGUGGUGAAGUCGUCCAGCCGCGAGCUCUGCUACAUCAUCCUGGCGGGGAUUUGUCUGGGCUACCUGUGCACCUUCACCCUGAUCGCCAAACCGCACAUCGUGUACUGCUACCUGCAGCGACUUGGCAUCGGCCUGUCGCCCGCCAUGGCCUACUCCGCCCUGGUCACCAAGACCAACCGCAUCGCUCGGAUCCUGGCCGGCAGCAAGAAGAAGAUCUGCACCAAGAAGCCGCGCUUCAUGUCGGCCUGCGCUCAGCUGGUGAUCUCCUCUCUGCUCAUCCUGCUGCAGCUCAGCAUCAUCGUGACGCUGCUGAUCAUCGAGCCCCCGCAGGUGAUCUACGACUACCCGAGCAUCCGUGAGGUUCAUCUGAUCUGUAAUCUGACCACGUUGGGGGUGGUGGCCCCGCUGGGCUACAACGGCCUGCUGAUCCUCAGCUGCACCUUCUACGCCUUCAAGACCCGUAACGUGCCGGCCAACUUCAACGAGGCCAAGUACAUCGCCUUCACCAUGUACACCACCUGCAUCAUCUGGCUGGCCUUCGUCCCCAUCUACUUCGGCUCCAACUACAAGAUCAUCACCAUGUGCUUCAGCGUCAGCCUGAGCGCCACCGUGGCGCUGUGCUGCAUGUUCGUGCCCAAGGUGUACAUCAUGCUCGCCAAGCCGGAGAAGAACGUCCGCAGCGCCUUCACCACGUCCACGACCGUGCGGAUGCACGUGGGCGACGCCAAGAAGGCCGCCAAGUCCGGGAAGUCCUCCAGCAGCAUGGCCAACCUGUUCCGGCGCGGCGGCUCCGCGCAGGACAACGUGAGCUCCAACGGGAAGUCGACGACGUGGGGGCCGAACGAGCGCGGCUACCGGCCGAACCUGUGGAAGAGGAUGUCGUUCCACGUGAAGAAGAAGGACCCGGCCGAGGCCAACCAGACGGCCAUCAUCAAGCCCUUCUCCAAGGACGGAGACACGCCGCUGGACAGCGUUGCCAAGGAGACGUACGAGCAACCGCUGCCUCCGUCCUUCCCCUGCACCCCCGCCCAGUCGCCGCCGCCGCCGCCUGCAGCCCGGGCUCCGGGGGGGGGCGAGGGGGACAAGGAGCCCCUCGCUGGAAACCGGCGGCGAGCUAACGACCACGGCGCCACCGCGGCGGCGGACGGGGACAUCAGCAUCAUCAGCGUGGGCGACAUCGGCCCGACUCAGGGCACCAUCAUGGACCAGAUCAGCUGCGUGGUGAACCGCUUCACCGCCAACAUCAGCGAGCUGAACACCAUGAUGCUGCCGGGAGCCGCCGCGGCUAACGCGGCUAACGCGGCUAACGGCAACGCCGCCCCCGCCAACGCCAACGCCGCCGCGCAGGCCCCGCCCACCGUCACCACCUACGCCGAGGUGGCCGCCGUCUCCUCCUUCUGCGACCAGCGGCCGGCGGCCAAGAUCUACGAGCAGCUGGCCGGCACCGGCGGCGGCGGCCGGCGGGCCAAGCAGGAGGAGCUGAUGGCGCUAACGCCGCCCUCGCCGUUCCGGGACUCCUCGCUCAGCUCCAACGGCAGCUCGCCCGGGUCGCCCGGGUCGCCGGGGUCGCCCGGGUCGCCCGGGUCCGAGGCCGAGUACGACCAGCUGCUGCUGAGACAUUACAGCCAGAGCUCGUCCUCCCUCUGA